AAAGGUGAAGUGUUGUGCACGUGACGUGAGUGUCAGCCCAAAAACCGAAUUUGUGAACUACCCAGCAAGUAAAGAAAGCUCCCUCCAUCAGUUUUCUUCAUCUGUGUAGAGACAACACGAUAUAUGAUAUGUGCUUUAUGCUGAUCCAGUAUUAGACACAUUCUUUGAAUUGUUACCUUGUCAUACUGUGUGGUGGGUGUUAUUUAGAAUAACCACACCAGGGGCGAUACAGUACAGUGCAACUUCUUCACUGCUGUGAUUUUUGUGUGUGUUAGUGGGCAAAUGUGGCCCAAUGCGUGAGCUAAGCCCUGUACUCCGUGCUGUUGUGAAUUCUGGACUGUUGAAAGAUCAUUUACUGACCUGCUACCGGAAGGGAAGACCCAGUAUGACUGAAAGGGAGAGGAUCCUCCAUGACAGCAGUGUUACUCCAAGGAGAGGGAAUCAAGACACGAUGACAGUGUCUGAUAGCGAGCAUCGGACUAGCCGUAGAAACUCGUCUGACGACCCUUCUGUAUCCUCAACUCACAGUCUACGCCACGUCUCAUCAAACUCUCGAGUACACCCUAGGGCCAGUAAUCACAUAUCUGAUUUGAAAAGUAGAUCACACGAGAAAACGAGCCAAUCACGUGACUUGAAGUCUCGUUCUCACGAUCACCACCACAAGACGCCAAAACGUAAGAGAAGUAUUGAGGAUAAUAGUGCUGUAUGGACUGAGCACGUCAGCUCGUCGGGAAGAGUCUACUUUUACAACAAAAAGGAAGACAAAUCUCAGUGGGAAAAACCAAGUGGAAACAUUAAAAAGCCGAAGGAAGGCUUAACAUCUCCUGUUGGCAAGUCAUCAUCUCGUCAAACCAGCAAUACAUCUUCUGUGAAAGCCAGUCACACCUCCACCCCUCGGACACACUUGCGCUCCCAGAACGACAUGAACCAUAGGGAUGGCCAUCGUAAGCCUCGUCAUGACCAUCACCUAGGGCACAGGGGAGAGGGAAAAGACAAAGAGCGCACUGGUCAUUCGUCAGUAUAUCGUAACAGUCACUCACGGAGUGUGUCUCGCUCACCUGGUGGCAUGAAACAUCAAGCUGACAAGAUUCCAGUGAAACACGAACACACAGGCAUACCAGCGUUGUCUCCCAUCACUCCCAAAUCUAAACCCGUUCUGGUGUCCCCUACCACCCCGGCCAGUCGCUCCACACCUCCUCAUUUUAUAGACCUGGCCAACAGAAAUGGCAACCCUGCAAACACUGUUGAUAGUCUAGACUUGCGGACCCCCACACCCUAUUCUAGUAGGCAAAAGUUGGAGUAUGCUUCCCACUUGGCUCUAAAUGGCCCCAGCACUCCUGUAGUGUCAGUUCAUAGUCUCAUGUGCUCAACACAGCCUGUGAUAAUGGACACGUCAGGUCUUCACCCACUGCAAAAAGCUCUUAUGCUACAAAACCAAUUCUCACAGCAACAGCAGAGCUAUGACUCAAGUUUAUGUUUUACUCCUCAACCCGCCCUCCCUACUCGUCUCUCCCAGCCUGGCUCACAUCCCAGCUCCCCUCGCAUCCAAUCUCCCAUUACCAGGACUCCACCUAUUUUGACACCUUCAAUUGGACAACCUAUUCAGGGAAACAUAUUCAAAAUUCCUGCUAAUAUUCAUGUUGCAACAUACAGCCCGGUAGUUUCUAUGCAAGGAGUUGUGUCUUCGUUACAAGCAGCAAGUAUGCAUACUGCAAUGUCCAGAUUGGGUUAUACUACAAUGGAUGGAUAUAGCUUUCCUGACGUGUCUUCCUUGAAAACUAAUCUACAAAGUGUAACGGUAAAUGAUGAACUAGUGGACAAGAGUCUGGUGGACGGCUGGACAAAACAUAAUGAUGCUAUUCAGUCUCAGGUUGAUGGUUGUGUUCGUAACACCCUUGAAGUAUCAGUAACUGACUCCAUACACAUUUCCACCAGAGAGUCUGUGUCCCAACUCAGGCUGGAGGCUGUAAAAUUAUCCACAAUGACAACUGAUGUCAGAUUAUCUGCUUUUAACUCUUUGAUGGAAGAAAUCAACAACAGAUAAUGAACUCUUGUUAGUGUAACCUACAUUUUAUACUUAACCAUCUUUCCAUUUGCACACACCUUGCUGUAUGCAUGAUUACUUCUUUUAUGCACCUUUUCUAGUGAACUCAUUCUUUGUACGUGAUAUUUAAGUUACUUGGCUGCUACUGUGUUAUGAUGCGUCCAAUCUGAAAAAGUUUCUUGCAAGUGUGCAAGUGUGUA